AUGGCGUCGAAUUCAGUCACUCCCGACCGUGUCAAAUCGGUUUUGUCAAGUUUUCUCAGUACAAAUACAAAAGAGAAGGAUUAUCAAAAGAAAGAUGACAAACAUUCUUCUGGUGAUUCUGAUAAAAAAGAAGAUAUUUUAACUCCAGUGGAAUCUGCAGCAAAGUCAGAAUAUUUUAAAAGAGUUCAAACUUUUUCUCCUUUAUCUUGGUUUGGAAAACCCAGGGAAUUAUCUCCAUUAAUCUGUGCACGCUAUGGCUGGGAGAACACCAAAACAGAUAUGUUACAGUGUGUUAGUUGUAGAGCUGUGCUAUGUGGACAGUUACCACAAAUGACAGAUUUUUUAUUAUAUAAAGAAGCUUGUGAUAAACUAAAAGAACAGUUAAUAUCUGGUCAUGAAAAGCUAUGUUGGUUAGCAGCAAACCCUAUUUCAGAAAAAUUUAUGAUAUUACCACUGUAUGAUAUUGUACAAUUGAGGAAAGAAUUUCAUGAAAGAUUGUGUAGUUUAGCAAUAAUCAAGACAGAUCUACCAAAAAUUAAUUUUGAAAAUUUAGAUAAAUGGGGAUUUGAUGAAGAGAAAUGUAUUCAGCUGGCAAAGUCACAGAGUAUUCGAGAAGAUGCUGCAAUAUCGGCAACAUUAGCUAUAACAGGCUGGACAUUGAAUGAUGAAAACAAACAAAUAAUAGUUUGUCAUUAUUGUAAAAGAAGAAUUGGUUUGUGGAAUUAUAUAAAUGACUCUUCUCAAAAUGAUGAAAGUUGCCAUGACAACACAAGCGAAGAACCUUUAAGUAAAAGAAUGAAAUUGGAAAAGAAGUCUUGUCUAGAUCCUAUAGUAGAACAUAGAUAUUGGUGUCCAUGGGUAACCAUGGCAAUAAAACCUGGUAAACAAUCUCCUGGAAAACCUCAGCUUUCUUCUACUACAGAUUCUAAUGUAUUUACUUUUAAAAAGAAUGAAAGUCAUCCUGGUUGGGUGAAUACAUUGCAGAUACUUGUUCCUGAUUUAGCAGAAACAGUUGGUUCAACUGGUUUAUCAAAGAGUCCUAUGAUUGAAGGGUUACGUUCUGUCAGAAAAAUAUUACGUGUUUGGUCUUCUCCAGAAAAACUCAAACAGUCAGAAAAGACAAAUGUUUCUGAAAAUAUAGAGAAAGAUGAAGCUUGAUAUUAUAUUUGUGUUCAAAUAAAUUUGUUCAAAAAGGAGAAUCUUCCAAAAUUGGAUUAGAUUUACAAUAUGGAUUGUAGUGAGUUGAUAAAAAAAAUGUUUAUAUGUUGUGAGGCAGCAUAACACCUAACUCAUAUCUAGGGUGCUCUGUUAACUGACAUUCAACAUUUUGUUGAGAAUGUUUCAUAUACAGUUGGUGUGUUUGAUUGUGGAGAAUUUUUCUUGAAGUCUGAUAUUGUGCAUGAAAAAAAACCCCACAUAUCUAUGUUUUUGUCUUCUUUCUAAUGUACAUUGAUUAGUGACCAUAAACAUUUACAAAUAACUAUUU